AACCCGAUCCGAUUGAUACGUCGCUGGUGAAGAAUCGUCCGUCUUUUCAAGAGGGAACCAGGGUCCGACCGAGUCUCUUCAAUUUCCGAGUCGAAUCCGAGCCAUUUUACGGGGGGAGAGUUCAACAGACGGAGGGAGGAGUGGAGGAAUACGACGAAGCCAGGGUUUGUAUUUCCGGCAUUUAAAGUUUUCCAGAUAUUUGUCGAUCGUCGGAAAUCCGGCGGCGCCUCUCUGGAGAUGGCGGAACCCUACUGGCAGCCCGGGGAUCCGUCUGCGCCCGCAGGGAAAAGGCCGAGACCUGCAUACGAUUUUGUACCUCCUGGAGGCGGAACCCAAAUGGGAAUUGGUGGUCAGGAGGUGUCUGGUUAUCUGGCACGUGAAGAUAAUCGUGCUGCAGCUCACGUUGUCAAAGAUACUAGAUCCAUUAUGGAAUCAUAUGACCGUUAUCUGCAGAAUGGGGCAAUUUCUACUCAUGGGUCUGGAGAACCCAGAAAUAUGCCUGCUGCUGGUUUUGGUGGUCAAGGGGUGGCUGGGCCUCUUACUGCCAAUCCUGUUAUGAUGUUUGGUUCAGGUCUUGUUCUUCCAGACAUUGCUGCAAACAGUAGAAACAUGGGGUUCAACAACCAACCUCCUGUCGAUCUAGUGGCAAGGCCUGAGCGAGAAGUUCGUCUUCCUCCAGAUGCUUCUAGCACUCUUUUCGUUGAGGGCCUUCCAUCUGACUCCACACAGCGAGAAGUUGCUCAUAUAUUUAGGCCAUUUCUCGGCUACAAGGAAGUGAGACUUGUGACCAAGAACCCAAGAAAUCCUGGCGGCAAUCCUGUUGUUCUAUGUUUUGUGGACUUUGUAAAUGCUAACUGUGCUGCAACUGCGCUGGGUGUCUUACACGGUUACAAAAUGGAUGAACAAGAUCAAAAUUCACCAGUUCUAAGGAUGCAGUUUGCACGGCAUCCUGGACCAAGAUCUGGCAGUGGCAUGGGCCCCCGCAGCGGGCGAUGAGGUGAAAGUUGGCGAGAUUGUCUGCAUAUCUUUGGACCCACUUUGUUUUUAUCCUUUGCUGAUCAUUUUCAGGGUCUGCUGUAGCUUUUGGCCACUCAUUGUUCUCUAAUUUUUGGUAUAAACAUUAGGCUCAAUGUUCUCUAAUAUUAGUUUUACUGCCAGGGUUCUUCCUCAA